UUAGUCUUCAUAAUGAUGGAAUGUUUACUCUGUUUGAUCCUUCAGCUGCUUUCAUUAAGAAAAGCUGCAGCCCAAACCUAUACACAUACGACGUAUGCUAGACAGCUGAAUACAAUAACGCCAUCACAACCAACUUUAUUAGGAACUAUUGAAACCAAGACCGUUAGUGAGUGUGGACAAAUAUGCCAUUACUCUUCAACAUGCUCUUCCUUUUUAUUCAAUGGAACUCAUUGUGUGACUUUCGAGGGGACUAUGUAUUUCGAUGAAGGCGGUCAAAGAGAGGAGUAUUUUAUUUUAUCAAACAGACUGGUUCAUUCUGACAUUUCUGGUACAUUUGCUGCUGAGUGUACGUCACAUGGAUACCUCUAUGAUCCCCUAGUCCCAUUGUGUUACAAAGUAAACGAUACAGGUUUAGCAAAGGCUGACGCAAUGGCAUCUUGUGAACAAAGUAAUGGUCAUUUGCUGAGAAUAAACACAUACAGGAAACAACUUUUGGUAGAAUCCUUGAACCUACAAGCAACAGGUUCUAUCUCAAAAUAUAGAAUCGAUGGGGAGAAAAACUCCAAUGGUAUUUGGACCUUUUCCGACGGGCGAAAAAUAACCACGUUUUACUGGUACCCUGGCGAACCGAGAGAUAACCUAAAAUCUAUUGCAUUGAGAGUAACAUAUGAAGGAAAAUGGGACGAUGUUAAAGAAACACGCCCCCAUGGAUUUAUUUGCGAAAGGACUUUCAGUUUAAUUACCUAAAGAUCAGCAGUUUGCAUAUGUGCAUCUAUAUUUCAUAUAUCGUCUUUCUAUCUUUUUUUACAAAGCAUUCUUCUAGAUCACUUCAAAAUAAUAGCAAUGCUUAUUGGCAAUCAAUACAGAGCUAUAGCAUCAAAUUCAGUUCCCUUACAGCUCAAAUAUGACUGAAGAAUUCCAAAAAAUCUUUUUCUUUUGACUUUGUAGUUACCGUAGUGUAUGCAUUUCUUAUUCGUGUAAAUUACCGAUAAAAAGUAGUCUGAAGUUGGAACACAAUAUUAUUCAUGAAUUAUAGUUGUUAAUACUUAUUAUACCUAGAACUCUUUAAUGAUAAAUAAUAACAGCUUCAGCAUAGGAAGAAAAAUAUUCAUGUGGGCUUUUUAUGAAUUAUUUUAAAAUUUCAUCGAAAUUACCUCAAAUAAGAGUUAUCCGAUAAAAUGAAUGCAGAGUAAAUCAAGAAAUUCCUGCAGUUUCCGCGGAUCGGGAAUUCAGGUUUUAUUAUUGAAUUCAAAGGCGUUUAAUCUAGUAUUUUGUUAUAUUGGUUAU